CACUAAACUCAUCUGAUAAAACACGGAGAGCCGAAGGAAUCAAAGACGCGAUUACACCGCCGUCCGUUACCGCUGGAGCAUCCGCACCGGUCCCGAAGCACACAUCCAACGCUCUCCUCACCAAAACACGAAAACAUCAGCGACUGGAAGCGGUCGCGAGGAAUAUAUUACUCUCCUAACAGAACAAUGAACGCGGGCUGAUUUCUCAGGGACAGACGGACUGUUUGAGGAUAAAUGGAUUCCAGGAAAUAGUGACAACAGAGAGGCCUCCUGCUGACCCUUCUUCAGUCAGGUCGGGAGUGCAGCGGCGUGCGGCUGAGAGGAUUGCGGGAAGAUGAAGUCCAGUCUGAAACAGUGGCGGCGGCUCGCCCUCGGCCUCAUUCUGGUCUGGGCACUGCUCUUCCUGGCGCUCCUCUCCUACUUCAUGGAGUCAAGAGUGGAUGACCCGCACGCCGCGGCCGCUCUAUCUUACACAGACACACGACGACUGACCUCCCUGCAGGGCAACCCCCGGACCAUUAUGGCCACCCAUUUGGGCCUCGCCACCUCCUCCGCCCCAUCCACCUCCAGCAACACUCAGCAGGAGCAGAGCCAGGAGGAAAACCCCAGCGCCGACCCCCAACCUAGUCCACUCAGCCAGGAAGCCUACCCUUACCCUGACCCUCAGAGCCUGGCAGCCUGGUCCGCAUUCGGCACCCAGGAUGUGGGCUCGAGGUCGACCGGUGUGAGUCGCAACCGCGAGCAACAGGAGUACAACCAGGAUUCACCUCAAGAAGACGAAGAUGAAGAGGAGGUGAUUGGAGGGGAAGAGGAGGAUGAGGAGGGUGGUGAUGAAGACAGGGGAAGGACCACCAAGCGAGUUGCAAGGCACGGGAGCUCUGACCCGCAUGAAUAUUACGUUCCCAGAUACAAAUCCAUAGUUCAUGGUCUGUGGAAAGGGAGCUUGUCGAUGGGGAUGCUCAGUCCACGCCUACAGAGGGCUAUGAAAGACUACCUAAAUAAUAAUAAGCAUGGAGUGGCCUACAGGGGGCACCGGAAGGCAAAGCAGAGCCGCCAGCAGGUGCUGUGUGAGCUGAAGAAGAGGGAGAAGAUUCGAACGUUGGAUGGGACCGAGAUGCCUUUCUCCAAUUUGGGCUGGCAGAAGAUUGUGCCUGCAUUACCCCUAAGCCUGAUCUACAGGCCAGGCUUAAAGACCUGUGCUGUGGUCACCUCUGCUGGAGCCAUGCUGCACUCUGGACUUGGCAAGGAGAUUGACUCCCAUGAUGCAGUGCUGCGGUUUAAUACCGCUCCUACUGUGGGUUAUGAAAGAGACGUUGGGAAUAAAACCACCAUACGCAUCAUCAACUCUCAGAUCCUGGCGAAUCCCAUGCACAGGUUCAACAGAAGCUCAUUGUAUAAGAAUGUAACGCUGGUGGCAUGGGAUCCUGCACCGUACACCCUCAACCUGCACAAAUGGUACUCAAAUCCAGACUACAACCUCUUCACACCAUAUAUGGAGUACAGGAUGCGCUUCCCUUCUCAGCCUUUCUACAUCCUGCACCCCAAGUACAUCUGGCAGUUAUGGGACGUGAUUCAAGCUAACAAUCUGGAGAACAUCCAGCCCAAUCCACCCUCCUCAGGGUUCAUAGGCAUUCUGCUAAUGAUGUCCUUAUGUGAAGAGGUGCAUGUGUACGAGUACAUUCCCUCCCUGCGUCAGACGGACCUGUGCCAUUAUCACGAGCGCUACUACGACGCCGCCUGCACUCUGGGUGCAUAUCAUCCUCUGCUCUACGAGAAGAUGCUCAUCCAGCGCAUGAACAUCGGCUCCGAGGACGAGCUCAAACGCAAAGGCAAAGUCACACUGCCCGGAUUCAACAACGUCCACUGUGAGCCCUGAACACACACACACGCAAUAACAGCCUUUCUAACGCAGAAGAGAACCACAGACAUCCAGCCGGCUCAUUAAAAAACGGACUGUGUGGGACUAAACCUUCUGCUGUAGUUGUAGAUCUCUUUGAAAUGCAUUUCCUGAGCCUAUGCUUAAAGAUGGUCCAAACAGCAAUAGACACGUGACGAGAAAAGCUUUUUAGAUGUUUGUGAUGUUGAAAGCCAUCAAAAAAAAUCAGUAUUUCUUAUACGUAUAACUGUGUUUGACAGGGUUUGGAAGCAUUACGGUCAUAGACACUGAAAAUUACACUGUCAAAAAAAAGCAAAGAGAUGGGAUUUAGAACAAACAUAACAAAUGAGGUUUAUUAAUCUGUCUGUAGAUGUUAUGUGCUUCUUGUCAUAACAUUGUGUUUCUUUUUUUUUUUUCGCUGUAUUAUCAUUUUCUGCUGUAAUAUAUACGUCGUGCCACAUUGACGAGCCUUUUUAAAAAUACUUUGCUCUUCCAGAACUGAAUCAAUACUUUAUUUCCUACUUGUUCCUUCAGAAGCAGAGUACAAAUACUAUGCCUGAUGUUGUACAAAUUGGCUAAAAGGAGCUUUUGAAUGUAACUGUGGUUCAUUUAAUUUGAUUUAUACUUUUGAAGAACCUGUCGAGACAGGUGGUUUACAGAAAAUAGAGUCGUUGAAUAAGGUUCUACUUUGAACUCACAAGUGCAGCACUGUAAAUAUUAUCUGCGAUUUUAAGGCUGCUGGCAAUAUAACGGAACACAGUGGUGAUAUUAUGUGUUGAAUCUAGCGGUUUUUAACGUCUUGUAGCCCCUAAACUCAAGAGGUUUUCUUGACUCCAGCUGGAGUCAUCUUUAAAAGCGAAUGAAUUACCUUUGCGUUGUCUUCUCAUAACUGUACAGUUAUUCUUUUGACGCAUUCACUUUGCGGUUUGACUUUUCUACAGACAGUAAUACUUGAAGGUUUGUUGUUUAAAUGUGUGCCAUUUUAAUUAAGACGGUAAGCUGAUUUUUUUUCCUGUAGAUCUGAAGAGAAUAGCUAAUGUCUGUUUUAACCACUGUUGUAGAUAAUAUUGUAGAAGUCAAUCUAGUAAGUGAUGAUUUCACUCAGGAGCUCAUGAUACUCUUAAUAGGGUGAAAUACUUCAUCUUCCUUCUAGUCAUAAAUGGUAGGCUGAGGUGUGUAAAGCUAAUCUUUGACUUUUACUCUGUCUUGUUUCCCCAUGUUGGGGGAUUGUAGAUGUAGAGAAUCUGAAGAGUGACUUUUUUUUCUAAAGUAGGUUUGGAUGCAAAAUUUCCAUCUUGUGUUGUCUUGAAAGUGAUUUAUUGUUGAGGCUGGUUGUGUAUUCGGGCAUGUGAUCAACCCUGCUCCAGUCACAUUUGGAUAAUAAUGUAAUUAAAAUAGUUUUUUGGGCUCUGUCCUACUUUUAAUUGACCAGAGUAGUGGAGAAGACUGGAAAUAAUUUGGAGGAGAGCAGGUUCAAAAGUUUGGGGUUUGUAAAAUAUUGCUCACCAAGACUGCAUUUGUGAGGAGAAACACGGUACGAACUACUAUUUUGACCAUUUAAAGUAACUGUUUUCUAUUUUAAUUAAUUUUUAAACUUCUGUGAUGGAAAAGCUGAAUUUUUAGCAUCUCGAGUUUCACAUGAUCCUUCAGAAAUCAGUCUAACAUGCUGAUUUGGUGGUCAAUAAAUGUUUGUUAUUAUAGUCAAAUGUUCAAAACAGUUGUGCGGAUUCAUAUUUAUGUGGGAACUAUGAUACGUUUGCUCUUUUAAGGUUCUUUGAAUAUAAAUUUUACAAUAACAUUUAUUUAAAAUGGAAGUCUUUUGUAAUAUUAUACAAUAUAAUUGUCUUUACCGCCUCUAUUAUUAAGGGUGCAUUGACAUCACACCAUUUUCAACUUUAAACAUAAAACUUUUUUAGUUUUGGUCAUUCAUUUACAUGAUAGUGGCUUUUUUUUUUUAGAGCCUGAAAGGCUUUUGAAAAAUCAUUUUUAAAGUUUUUGAAAAUGACACCAUUUUCCUCUGUUUAAACUAUAAAACUGUGAUUUUGUUAAAAUAACAUGCGUGUGUACACUGUAAAAAGAUUUCCUGCUGCCUAUUCUUUCAGUUCAAGUCAACUUACGUCAGUCAAAUGUAAUAAAAAUAUCAAAUUAAACUUAUCAAAUUACUGAGUAACCUAAAAUUGGUAAAGAAAUUAGUUGAAACUUGACUAACUUAUUAAAAUAAGAUAAAGUAACACAAGAAAAACAUUUGUUGUUUUGAGUUUUUGUCACAUGUUUUACAGUGCGGAAUUUAGUUUUAAAUCUUCCGAUUGGUUUGUCCAUGAGGGAACUGACUAAGAAUAAGAAAUAUCAGUAAAGGAUUAAACUACUUGCUCACCAAACAAUUGUGUUUGACAAUACAUAAAAAUAAAAACAAUAUAAUGAGAUAACACAAGUUCACAAAAUCAAGCAGCAUAAGCUGUUUUUUUUACAGCUAAAAAUUCACAAUGGAAGUGAAUUUUUACAUUGUCAAUUGGCAAAGUUUUUUCCUCGCCACUGGCUUGCUUGGUUUGGGAUUUGUGAAGCUGUGCAUCGAUGGAUUUGCUCUUAGGUGUUUGGACUUUCAGCAGUGAAAAUGUAAACCACAUUGAAUUGAACUAAACUGAACUUUAACUCUAGUGAAACUGAAACUGUGUCAGUCCAGUUUUCAGAGUUUACUAGAACUUCUUUGUUAAGCUGCUUUGACACAAUCUACAUUGUAAAGGCGCUAAAGAAAUAAACAUAAAUUGAAUCGAACUGAACUGACUUGAAUUGAACUGAAUUGAAUUGAAUUGAAUGAGGCCAGAAAGACUCAAUUACUGGGUCCGCUCAUACGUGAAAGAAUAUAAUCAACAGACAACCAAAACAAUACUGUUAGACUACAGGACCACAGACAUUUAGUGUUUCUUUAGAUCAUUUAGAUCAUUCACAAGAAAAUGUAACUAUUUAACCUAUUGUCAGAAAAGCGGCUAAUUAAUAUGACUGAAAUUGUAUGAUUAUUCUUUAAAACAGGAGGUAUGAGCUUAGCCAAUUAAUACCAAAUAGGCCAAAUAAACUAAACUUCGUGUCCGCCAUUUUGUUUUUGAUUGAAAACCUAUUUUUUCGAACUCCUCCUAGACCGUUUUUCCAAUUUUUCCCCAAAUUUGACUCAGAUGUUCUUCAGACCAUGCUGGCAAAAACUUAUGGAAUUCAUUGUUAAUAGGCGACAAGGUUUUCAUUUACAGCAAUGACAAAUGUGCUGGCACGAUGUCAAAGUUCGCUUAAAUGCCUAAACAUAUCGACACUGAACUUUAGGUGUGUCAUUGAUCAAUGACCCCAAAACAUCAAUUUGGUAACAGCCAACACCUAGUGGUCACGAGUUAUAAAUCGUUUACUCACCAUCAAUAAUGAAUCAAAAAUGUUAUAAUAACUUCCAACUGCAUAUGCUUAUUGUUGUAAAAUUGAUCUAAACUUAUACCUUGGGUAAUGCCGUGAACAUUGAUAACAAAUAUGCCAUAUGGCUAAAGGUUACGUUUGCCUGGUUUGAAAAAUACUGUUGUUAAAACACUAUUGUUUUAACAAUAUUUAGAUUUUUAUAGAGUGGUUCUGGUUAUGAAUCAGGUUUUAGUUCAUCGCUGUCAUGCAAACGUACCUUAUACGUGUACGUUUUCUUUC